AUGUCCUUCAAACUAUUCACUCAAACACCACACACCCUCCUCCGCCUAGGCCUCAGCCUAAGCAUCGGCCUAGGCGCCGCAACUUUGCAUCCAACCUCACCCUUCCGCGCUGCACCCUUACAAUGCCAAUACGCAGCACCCAGCGCCAGCGAAGCAAUCUUCAAUAAAGAUACGGGGUCUGGAUGGGCAAUUAACAAUGGACCAUCGGAGUCAAUGGCGCAGAAGCAGAAGCAGAAGCAGGGGUUUCUCAAUGCCGAGAGCAUGAAGCAGGUCAGUCUGGGCUGUGUACUGGGUCUUGUGGCUGGUGUGGGCUUGAGAGCUUUUUCAAAGGCUUUGGUUGUUAUUUUUGGGAUGGGGGUUGUUCUUGUUGAGUAUGCUGCUUCCAAGGGCUACAAUAUCCUUCCCCUUAAUCGCAUGCAGAAAUAUGUCAAGAAUGUCGACCUCAAGCGGGCUAUGAGCGAGAAGAGGCCGUUUAAGAUGAGUUUCGGGGUUAUGAUGGCGCUUGCUGCUUUUGCCCAGUUUUAG